GUAAAGUCGACCCUGGAACAGGCCAUUGGUCAUAAAGUGCGAAUAUCAUGUGAUAACCGUUGUUGGGAGAAAAAAAAUCUGAAAUCACUCCAGAUUGCAAAAUACUCCAGCGUCGCUUCGACUGAAAGAUAAUUUAACUAGUUUGAGCUUUUACAUCGCACACUAACGAAGACUAUAUGAAGACUAUGCAUUGCAGUUCCCAACUUGAAUAACACAUCUGACGAUAUUCCCUCAUCUACCGUCUUACUCUUCUCAGAUUCUCUGAACACAAUGAUAGGAGUGGUGUGUUUGGCCCUCCUAGGCCUGACCUCAGCCCUGAUUUGUCCCGAUGGUGGGAUGUGUGACGACGGCAACACCUGCUGCAAGACCCCCAGUGGUGGAUAUGGCUGCUGUCCAUUACCAAAUGCUGAGUGCUGUUCCGACCACCUGCAUUGCUGCUAUGAGGGGACAGUGUGUGACUUAGUCCACUCCAAGUGCCUCAAUAAAACAGUCUCUCUGCCGUGGGUCAGAAGAGUCUCCGCACAACACAUCAUCAGCCCUCUGCUGGUGGAAGGAGUGAGGGCAGUCAUUUGUCCCGACGGCGAGUCAGAGUGUCCGGACGACACCACCUGCUGUCAACUCCCAGAAGGCUCCUGGGGCUGCUGUCCGCUGGCCAAGGCAGUGUGCUGUGAGGACAAGAUGCACUGCUGUCCAGAGGGCACCAAGUGUGACCUAGCCCACUCCAAGUGUGUGUCUCCCACCCUGGAGACAUUUGCCAUGAGGGAAAAGGGGCCUGCAAUGAAGAAGCAGACGGCAGUGACCUGCCCAGGUGGUAGGAGCAGAUGCCCAAACGGAACCACCUGUUGCCUGCUGACCAGUGGCGACUAUGGCUGCUGCCCCUACCUGGAGGCUGUGUGCUGUACCGACAAACUCCACUGUUGCCCCGGCAAUACAACCUGUGACCUAGAGCAUGAUAUGUGCACUUCCCCCAACACACAGACCCCACUGGCUAAGAAGACCCCUGCCAUCUCCAACGAUGUGGAUUGCCCAGACAAGGUGUCAUCGUGUCCUGAAGAGACCACUUGCUGCCUGUUGGGGGAUAGGAGCUAUGGCUGCUGCCCUAUGCCAAGUGCUGUGUGUUGUCCGGACCACCUCCACUGCUGUCCUGGGGGAACCACCUGUGACCUGGAACAGAGCACCUGUGUGUCUAAACACGGCCAAACUUCCAUGGCUGUCAAAUUCCCCGCCACAUUGACCACGACAUCCCUACAGAGCACCGGUCAGAGACAAAGCUACACAUCAAACAUUGUCAAUGCUGUGCCCUGCAACGACUCUGUGGCCUGCGCUGAUGGAACCACGUGCUGUAAAUUACUAAAUGGAGAAUGGGCCUGCUGCCCCUUACCCAAGGCUGUGUGUUGUGAUGACCACCUCCACUGCUGCCCCCACGGGACCAUCUGUAACCUGGCAGAGAGUACGUGUGAUGACCCCACUUCGGGCUCUGCCCAUGUAACCAUGCUGGACAAGGUGCCCGCCUUUAGCUAUGUGUCGCAGGAGGAGCCGCUGCCCAACAGCAUAUGUGACAAAUCCACGUCGUGCCCGGGCAAAUCCACGUGCUGCAAGACCACCACAGGAAACUGGGCAUGCUGCCCCCUGCCCAAUGCUGUGUGUUGCGAUGACCACCUUCACUGCUGCCCCCACGGCACUGUGUGUAACCUGGAGGCCAGUACCUGCGAUGACCCCUCAGGCUUCAACAUGCCGUGGGUCACGAAGGUGGCAGCACUCACCACGCAGGCACAACUGGCCACUGAGAAGUGUGACGAAAAGACCAUGUGCCCCGGGGGCACCACCUGCUGCAGACAGAACUCAGGACAGUGGGCAUGCUGUCCUCUACCUCAUGCGGUCUGCUGCGACGACCAUGAGCACUGCUGCCCUAAAGGCUACACGUGUAACGUGGCCGAGCAGACCUGUGACAAAGCAGGGACCCUCAGUUUGCCCUGGAUCCCCAGAGUGCCAGCCCUGCUCCUGCACAGAGUGCUUCCGGCAAUUCAGGCAAUUGCCCCCUCCUUCCCCCUAGCCAAGAACAUGUGUGACCCCCACACCAGCUGUCCCAAAUAUACCACCUGCUGCUUCAUGAACAAAGCUGGCAAGUGGGGAUGCUGCCCCCUGCCAAAGGCGGUGUGCUGUGCCAACGGAGACCACUGCUGCCCCAGCGGCUACAGCUGUGAUGGCCACAAGACCUCCUGCACUAAGGGCCCCCUGACCAUUCCCUGGUACCGCAAAGUGAAAGCCCUGACUGAGGGAGCCAUGUUGAAAGACGUAAAGUGUGACGACAAGAGCAGCUGUGCCUCGGGGGCCACCUGCUGCAAGCUGCCCACAGGUGAAUGGGGCUGCUGUCCCCUGGUCAAGGCUGUUUGCUGUACAGACCAUGAGCACUGCUGCCCCCAAGGCUACAGCUGCAACAUGCAGACUGGGACCUGUGAGAAACUGUUAGAGUCUAUACUCCUCCAUACGGUGUCCCUGACAAAGGCAGCAGAGUCCCAGCAGAGGGCAGCAGAGAUGAGUAUAGAUGUGACUUGUGACAGCACUGGAGAGUACAGCUGUCCCAAACUGGAAACCUGCUGCAAGACUUCACCCACGGAAUGGUCCUGCUGCCCUGCACCAAAGGCCAUAUGCUGUGCGGACACCAGGCACUGCUGCCCCAUGGGAUACACAUGUGACCUGGAGCGGAGAGGCUGCUCCCAGCAGGCUGAGUUGACCUGGGACAUGUUCUACAGCCACGACAAAAAGAGGGACUUUGUUCCGUUUUGACUUUGAGCUAAAAUCGGGAAGCACUGAUUUGGACUCUGAGCCAAUCAGGAUGCAGCACUGAUCUGAUGUUCCUCACUCCAGCACACAACCUAACCUGCAGCACAUUCCAUAAGAGGAACAAACAACCUAAUGGAAACUGGACAAGGGACAGGAGAUUUAUUGUGUUUUUUGUUGUUGUAAGUGAUUUAAUUUGGUUCAAUGGCCAUCCCAAAGUUUAAUUUUUUUAAUUUUUGUAUUUUUAUUUUUUUAAGCAGCUAGCUUGUAGGUUUGACUCUGUCUUUACGCUUAGUUACUACUGCCCCAUAUGCCAUUUUCUCUAUGCAAAUGAGAAACAUGAAUGUAUCAUAGUCUCUUGGAACAAGAAUUAUCAUUCUCCAGAAUAAACCUGCUUUAAGAUGUAUCAAAAAUGUGGUAUAUUACAAACUCUCAAAAACACAGCUACAUAGUAUAAGAAAGCUUAUUAUCAUGUUUCAUUGCUGCAGGCACAACCUAGCAUUAGUAUAUCGUUCUUUCUCGAAGCACUACAGAGCCAUUGAUCAGCCGACUGAGUGUUACUUUGAUUGACAUUUUUGCUUGAUUUUUUUUAUUUUAAUUAUUAUUAUUUUUUUUAAUGUAUGUUUUGCCCUCUGGCCUGGGUUCAUCACUUUCUGUGAACAUCAAAAUGGUCCAACCUCUGACAGUUUUCUGUCAUUAAAAUAAAAAAAACUGUCACUCAGACCCCUUAAGUCAAAGCCAUUUUUUUUCUUGAUGUCAUAAUACCCAUUGUUGAUAAUCUUGAUGUUCAGUAUAGGAAUUGUGGUGCUUGAACAGGUGAUGGGGAAGUGAAUCCAGUACAUAGGAAUUGUAAGAUUGGUUAGUACAAUGUUAGUUGAUAUCAAAAUUUAUACUAAGCACUCUGUUCUACCAGCCGUAGUAAUGGUAACCAGUAGUAAUACUUUGAAAGUCAAUGCAAACACUACCAGUUGGCACAUAACUCUCAUCCCAUUCCUGACUAACGUCCCAAAUUUGUAUCUGUACUCUAUAGUUUGGGAUUUUUUUUUUUUUUUACAUGAAUAGCAAUGUUAAAUGAAGGACAUGUUUCUUGGUUAAUUAUAGUUUCCUUAUCAAAUAUUUUAUCUUAUGAAGGAGAGUUGUGUGUCACUGAGGUGAAAUAAAAUUGUUUCAAAUAUUUCAGUUUUCGUUCUUCGGUAGGGGAAUGCAUUUUGUGUUGAGCUGCACUAUAGUACAAUAAUAAACAAUGGAUGAGUCA